CCUCGCUGCAAGCAUGACGGACACGUUGCUGCCCGCGGCGACCCAGCCGCUGGAGAAAGAGGGGGACAGCUACUUUCGGAAGGGUUGCAAUCCUCUUGCACAAACUGGCCGGAGCAAACUGCAGAAUCAGAGGGCUGCCUUGAACCAGCAGAUCCUGAAAGCCAUAAGGAUGAGAACAGGAGCAGAAAACCUCCUGAAAGUGGCCACCAACAACAAAGUCCGGGAGCAGGUGCGCCUGGAACUGAGCUUCGUAAACUCAGACCUGCAAAUGCUCAAGGAAGAGCUGGAGGGACUCAACAUCUCCGUGGGAGUCUAUCAGAACACGGAGGAGGAGUUCAUGAUUCCCCUGAUUCCUCUCGGCCUGAAGGAGACCAAGGAUGUUGACUUCUCUGUUGUGCUCAAGGACUUCAUCCUGGAGCAUUACAGUGAAGACAGCUCCACCUAUGAAGACGAGAUAGCAGACCUCAUGGAUCUGAGACAGGCUUGCAGGACACCCAGCAGAGAUGAGGCCGGUGUGGAGAUGCUGAUGGGCUAUUUCAUCCAGCUGGGCUUCAUCGAAGGCCGCUUCUUCCCACCCAGCCGCCACAUGGGCAUCUUGUUUACCUGGUAUGACUCCCUCACCGGGGUGCCCGUGAGCCAGCAGAACUUGCUUCUGGAGAAGGCCAGCAUCCUGUUCAACGUCGGAGCCCUCUGCACGCAGAUCGCCACGCGGUGCAACCGGCAGACGCAGGCUGGCCUGGAGAGCGCUGUGGAGGCCUUUCAGAGGGCUGCAGGGGUUCUAAACUACCUGAAGGAGACAUUUACUCAUACUCCCAGCUAUGACAUGAGUCCCGCCAUGCUCAGCGUGCUGGUCAGAAUGAUGCUUGCGCAGGCCCAGGAGUGCGUGUUUGAGAAACUCUGUCUUCCCGGAAUCCAGAAUGAGUUCUUCAUACUGGUGAAGGUGGCUCAUGAGGCUGCCAAGGUGGGAGAAGUGUACCAGCGUCUGUACGAGGCUAUGAGCCAGCCGCCAGUGAAGGAGAACAUCCCCUACUCAUGGGCCAGCCUCGCCUGUGUGAAGGCGCAGCACUAUGGAGCCCUGGCACACUAUUUCACCGCCAUCCUACUCAUCGAUCACCAGUUGAAGCCAGGAGCAGAUGAGGACCAUCAGGAGAAGUGCCUGUCCCAGCUCUGUGACCACAUGCCGGAGGGACUGACACCCUUGGCCACGCUCAAGAAUGUCCAACAGCGCCAGCAGCUGGGCAAGUCCCAUUUGCUCAGAGCCAUCACCCAGCACGAGGAGUCGGUGCGUUUGGCCAGCCUGUGCCGGAAGCUCCGCCGCAUCGACGUGCUGCAGACGGUGCUGUCCGGGGCGCACCAGCGGUCCAGGCUCAAGUACGCGCAGCAUCAGGAAGACGAUGAUCUGCUGACCUUGAGCCCGGCGCCCGACGUCAUCGCUAAAACUGAAUACGAGGUUGAAAUUAUCCCACCACAGUUCUCCAAGGUGGUAGUGACUGACUUCUUCCAGAGACUGGGUCCCCCUUCCAUCUUUUGUGCCAACAAGAGAUGGACGCCUCCUCGAAACAUUCAGUUCACUGCAGAAGAAGGGGACUUGGGGUUCACCUUGAAGGGGGAUGCCCCAGUGCAAGUCCAGUCCCUGGACCCCUAUUGCUCUGCAGCGCUGGCAGGAACCCGGGAAGGGGACUACAUCGUGUCCAUUCAAGAUGUGGACUGUAAGUGGCUGACAGUGAGUGAAGUGAUGAAACUGCUCCAGGGCUUUGGCGAGGACAAUAUCGACAUGAAGGUCAUCAGUGUCCGGGACUCUUCCUCAUCCAUGCACAACAAGUGUGCCACGUACUCCGUGGGGAUGCAGAAGACCUACUCCAUGAUCUGCCUGGCCAUCGAGGGUGAUGACAAAUCUGAUAAAACCAAGAAGAUCUCCAAAAAGCUUUCUUUCUUGGGUUGGGGCACCAGCAAGAACAGACAGAAGUCAGCCAGCACACUGUGCCUCCCAUCGGUUGGGGUGUCGAGGCCUCAAGUCAAGAAGAAGUUCCCGCCUCCUUUCAGCCUUCUCAACUCUGACAGUUCUCUCUACUGAAGAGACGGAGAAGUGUUUCCAGUGCUGACUUGGUUUCACAUUUGUGCCAUAAUUAGAACGUCCCAAGUCUUCCCCAACCCAGAUUUCUCACCAUGUAAAAACUUACUUUUUAUGUCUUCAUAAGUGAAACUGACAAGACCCUGUAGAAACAUAUGGGGGACAAACCUAGUUAAAGGGUGUCUUUGAAUAGAUGUUUAAGUUAUUUAUUACGUAAGUGCUACCAAUAGAAUAGUGUUGGAACAUGGCUAUUUUUUUAAUGGCUUAAAAUGAUGGCUUUAGUUAUUGAGUUAAUGUCAAAACUUAAUUGGAUUGCAAUUUGAUUACCCAGGCUUGGGUACUAGUUCAC